AUGGAAAGCUUGAUUCAGUCUCAUGGAGACGACGGCGGCAGCAGCAGCACAGAUGAGGAAGCCGAAGCACACAACAGAUUAAUUGAACUUAAUCUACGGCUUGAAGCUCGGGCUGUGGAACGAAAAGCCCAGUUAUGUCAACGUGGAUUUUUGCCAGACCCAUGCAAUAUUCAAGUGGAAAGACAAUGGGACCAUCGCAUGCACAACGGCGACAGUGCUGUCCUAGGAAACAAUGCUGAAAAUGGAUUAAAUCUGACAUUUAUCAAUAAUGCCACCAGUAACGCCGAUCAUGGACAUCCCAUCACUGCUGGGCCACUGCCCACUGUGAACCAUCCCAGUACUGAUCGCCCAGCUCAUGAGUUUUUGUGUGAGUCACAAUGUGGUGGUAACGUCGUUAAAACUCAUGACAGUGUUGAUGAGAGCGAUAUCGUCUCCGGGAAUAACAAUGAUAGUGAUGACGAUGAUAUCUCAGAAAAUAAUGAUAAUAUUGACGAUGAUGAUAGCAUGAGUGUUGAAAGUGAGGGCAGUAUUGAUGUAGUAAGCAGUGGGGAUGAGGGCAGUAUGGAUGUUGCCAUCAAUGAGAAUAAGAAUAAUGAUGUGGCUACCUAUUGUGAGGGUGAUGAGUGUUAUUUUUAUCAGGAACAGCACAGGAGUGUUGUUUAUGACAACGAAGACGAAAGUUUUGGUGCUGAACAAAUGGGCGAUCAGAGUGACCACUGA